AUGAGGAUGUUCAGGGAUACAGCAGCUGGAGGGUCCCUGGUAAAGAAAGGGAGCUCAAAAGCAAUGGAGAUCAUUGAAAGUAUGGCCGUUACAAGUUACCAAUGGCCAUCCGAGAGAGUGCAGUUGAAGAAGAUUGCUGCUGCGUCUAGCUCAGAUCCCAUGGCAUUGAUUUCGACUCAGCUGGCAGAGAUGAACUCGAGAAUUGCAGCGUUAACUUUGGGCAAUCCUGAGCCGGCUGUGGAAAUCCCAACAAGCGUAGAAGACGCCAACUACAUCAAUGGCAGAAACUAUGGAAACUUUCAACAUGGGCAACAAGGUGGAUAUAAUAGUGGACAGCGGUUUCAUCAUGGAGGGCGUCCACACCCAAAUUUGGCUUAUGGGAAUCUCAACAAUGUAAUUCAACCUCCACUAAGCUUCUCGGUAACCAAUGGAGUGAUAAAUGAAGAGAAGAAGCCGAAUAUAGAUGAGUUGCUAAUGAAGUUCAUGUCCAAAUCCGACGAGAUGAUGGAAAAGUUAGAGUCCAAUGCCACUACUAUCGUAGAUUUGCCGAGUGGGACUACACAAGAAGGGCCCAAGACGGCAGAGUAUGAGAGUGCACCGCCGUCUGAGGAGGUCACUGUUGAGGUUUCUGGCAAAAAGAAGGAUGAAAAACAGAAAGCUACUUCGCUAGCAACUGUGACCAUACCAUUCCCUCAGCGCCAUAAGAAAGAGAGGAUGAAAGAGCGGCUCUCUAAGUUUUUAGAGAUCUUUAAGAAGGUUAACAUCAACGUUCCGUUGGUGGAGAUGUUACUAGAGAUGCCGCAGUAUGCCAAAUUCCUCAAGGACAUAGUCUCGCGAAAGAAGAAGUUGGGGGAGUUUGAGACCAUGAGGCUCAAUGAAGAAUGUAGCGCGAUUCUGCAGAGGAAGCUUCCAGCGAAGAACCCAGGUGAUCAGAAGUUUUUGGAUGGAGACUUGGAUGAAAAGCAUGGAGCAGGGAGCAGCUGGUCGCAACACUGCUUGUACCAGCCUCCUUGA